CUUUGCUACUCUUUUUCGUUGAAUGGAUUCGGAUCUUUCUUUGCGGAAACAACAGACUUGUCCUCUACGCGACCUUGGUUCGCUAUUUUCGGCAUUUAUGACUGCAUGAACCAUCGAUUUGCAUUUCCGAAGAGCGAUCUGAACUGUCAUAGCAGCACCCAUGCAAUAGUGCGGCCUUGCAGAUCCUCAAGAAACUAACUUCGUGACGCAGUCCAGUUAUAAGUCAAAAGAGAUCGCGCGAGGAAGGGGACAAAAACACAGGGACGAAUGAGAAAACAAAGUCAGAAAAAAAAGACAUGGCACAAAUAAAGGACCUGAAUGCUCACGAGCGACCUCCGGAGGCUGUCAAGCAACGCUACAAGCAAUACCAAAAGUCCACGCUCACAGACAUAAACUCGGAUGGUAGCAUUCUGGAUCUUCAGGCGCUAGAUGCUGGCCGGCUGCCGGAAGAUGUUUCAGUCACGCAUUGGAUCUCCGGCAAGGAUCUUCGGCCUGUAUUCGAUGAAUUUCUGGGGACAAGCAAGGAUGGUGCGGAGGGAUCCCUGAAUGCGAAAGAUAUCCCUGUCUUCUCUCAUCGCUCUGUGACCGGUCUCCAAAUGAUCCCCUCCCUCCUCCCACCGGCCGUACAAAUAGAACUCCUCUCGCGGCUCUUCCACCGAGACCUAUCCAACCCAAGACACAAGACCAACCUCCACCUGCACUACGAGCUCACGUACCCCAGCGCUGAGGAUGCAGCAGCAGCAGCAGCAGCGGCCUCGACGACGGAGUCCAGCGUAGUAGACCCCGGGCCCCCUCCCCCACCCUCCUUCUUUGCCGACGACCCAGCGCGAGCCAUCCACCCGAAAGACCCCAGCGUGCACAAGCCACUCACCGUGCAGGGCAUCCUCAACAAGAAACUGCGAUGGGUGACGCUGGGCGGCCAGUACGACUGGACCGCCAAGGUGUAUCCGGCCGAGCGGCCGCCGGCGUUCCCGCCGGACAUCGCGAAGCUGCUGCACACCAUGUUCCCGGCGACGGAGGCGCAGGCGGCGAUCCUGAACGUGUAUUCGCCCGGCGAUACGCUCAGCGCCCACCGCGACGUCAGCGAGGAGUGCGAUGCCGGCCUGAUCAGUAUCAGUUUCGGCUGCGACGGCUUGUUCCUGAUCGGCCAUGAUGAUGGCGCCGGCUGCGAGAUCGUCCGGCUGCGCUCCGGCGAUGCGGUGUACAUGGACGGCACGUCCAGGUUCGCCUGGCAUGCCGUGCCCAAGAUCGUGCCGGGGACGUGUCCCGCCUGGCUCGCGGAGUGGCCUGGCGCGCCGGAUGGUUCGGAUGCCACCACUCAGUAUGAGACGUGGAAGGGAUGGAUGGAGGGCAAACGAGUCAAUCUGAAUGUUCGGCAGAUGAGCCUCUCGGAGCCUCGUCCAUGAUGGCGGCGAUGAGAUGCGAGGAAGUCUGCUCGGUUCAUGACACAUGGCGUAUGUUGCAUGUGCUGGUCCGCAGAUUAUGCAGUUGUGGCGGCUGGUGAGCCCAGUCCAAGUUGACAAGUAUGCACGUCACACAAAACCCUACCGUGGGCUUGCAUACCUCUGCCUCGAGGAGUGCUCAUAGCGGGCUCGACCGAAUGCAUUCCCAACGCAUUGGAAAUACUCUCAUCAUUCCGUCUCCGAAGGGGCGGUCCAUUCGCAUUCGCUCUUGCCCUUGUCCAAGCAAAUCACAAAUAAAGCAGACAAUAAACCACAGGCGGAAGACCCCAGGGACAGUAUCUGCAGAUACUUCAACAAUGUACAGCC